AUGCAGGCUGUGGGCACUGACGCUUCUGGUGCUGGGAGUGAAGCAGGGCAAGAGCAGGUUUUUGAUGAUGACAGCACGGAGAACCAGACGCUGGUAAGCUUGAAACCUCGCCGUUCUUGUGCCCCUGCAUUCACUGCGGCAUGCUGCUGUCAUUGCUGCUAUGUGUGCCAGUUCCUGAUCUUUCUCGUGGUGUUCCCGCUGUGGACGAAGUGGCUAGUGACGAACCCGAUGCCAACGCAGUACUGGCACGAGCGCUACCCGAAGUGGCCUGCCAUUGCUGCAGUCCACGGCCAGGACCUCGCAGCGGAACAGCAACAUGCAAUCCAGAUGUCCCCGCUGCCAACAGAUGCAGACAGUUGCAACUACUCCUGUUCUUCCUGGAAAGGAUACAGGACUAACGAAAUGAACUUCAGAGUCAGCCUUACUCUCAAUCACUCUGCGCUCUCGAAGGGGUACGUCCACACAGUCUACCCUGUAUUGCUAGCCUCGGCAGACUUCAAUGAUUGGUGGGUCGUUGCGGACAGACGCCACGCUUGGCCAUCUCCUUUUUGGCGCGCAUGGACAGACAAGGCUGGCCACGCGUAUGUGCAUGAUACAGACUCCUGCAUUCGGCCUCCAGUAGGUGAUUUCGUGGACGUGGCUCCGGCAAACUCUGGCUUGUACGUGCUGGCUUGUGCUGUAUGGAGCCCGGACAGUUUUGCCGAGCUCGAGAAGCUCCAUGAACUUGAUGAUGCCGCAGUCGGAACACACUGCUAUGCCGCCGGUGGUGUUUGUGGUUGGACCUGUGGUUCCGUGUUAAACUCCAACUUGAUGCAGGGUUGUACCGAAAACGGCAUCAUUCAAAUGACUUCCUCAUCUGUGGCUGGCCGGGAGAUCCCAACAGCGAACUUCAAUGGAGCCGUCGAGAUGAAGCAGUGUGUUGAAGGAAGACUGCCUGGGGAAUGCGAGACCACAACGGAAAGCUUCCAAAACUGGCAAUGCCAUGAAUGCAUGUAUGACCCCAGAACCGAGGAGGACUAUCGUCGGUUGCAGUUCAUUCCAGGCAUUGGUGGGUUGCCCCCCGGCCUAGCUGAUCCGGAAGGCUCACUCCCAGGAUUUGGCACAGACAGCACGAGUGGAACAAGUGGCACUUCUAUAGGGGGCGAUCCAGACAGCAGCAGUACGGCAAAGACACCAGUUGUGUACACUUCGCUUCCGCGAUUCCGGAUUACGGUGAGCGGCAUGACAAUCCCAGAGGGCACAGAUGUCUUUAGCCAACCGCGUGUUUUCGUGCUGGAGUCGUCACGCGAGCGAGGGAAGUGGCAAAAGCUUUACAAAAGUGACUACACCCAAACAGACCCGCCGGUGCCAGCGGGUCCCAAUGGAAAGCCAUUGAUCAAACAACGAGACAAUGAGUACGACGAAGAACUCCUGCCCGUCAAGGAUCCCGUGAGCAAGCAUGCGAUGAAGUUGAACCAACUAAACCGAAUGGAAAUCGAUCCCGGUUGGUGCUAUGGUCGGCAAGGGCCACUGUAUCUGGUGGCCUGUGCUGUCAAUAGCAGUUUGUAUGAGGACGGCUUUGAUCGCUUCAAGCCUGGCCAGCAAGCAGCCCCCCCUCCAUUCAAUGAUCGCUGCGUUGCUGUGUCAGGUCGCUGCGCACAUGCUUGCCAGUCAGGCCAAGGAGCCUUGGCAAACUGCACCAGUGAUGGAUACAUCAACGAGUCUGCACUCAUCGGAUUCGUCGGGUAUGAGAAGAACCAAACCGCUCCUGUCUGGCUUUUCUGCUACGUGCUCCUGAUCGGCUUCGGUGUGAAGGCAGUCAUGCUUUGCCCAGGUGUCUUCUCCCCGUACCCGCACUUUCGCCGGUAUGAUCCAGAACUGACUGCCCAGUUGCGGUACAUAGUUGUGACGGUGCCAAGUGCUGGAGAGAACAAGUGCACAGUUUUGCGGAAUAUCGUGGGUGCCAUCGGCUGCAUGCCAAAGGAUUGCAGGUGCCGCUACCACGUGGCCUUUGUCGACGAGGGACACAGAGCAGAGCAGAAAGUCAUGUUCAUGAAGCUUGCUGCUAUCAUUGAGAGGCUUCCGAAUUUCGGAGGUGAAAGCUACGAGGAGAAUGUGAGCCGCUUCUUCCAACAAUGGGUGGAAGACACCAAAAAGAUGGACUUGGCCAAAGUGAAGGAUGGCUAUCCCGGUGAGGUCGAGCCUGAGAUUCUCUCGCGCAUGAGUGGCAAGAAUGCGCUGCGAAAGCUGCGGAAAGAAGGUGGCUGGAGUUCAAUGCCGUCCCAGGUAUUCGAGUCCCUCGACGUUGCCCUACAUGCUUUGGAGGAGGAUCUCAAGAAUACGAAAAAAGAAAAGAAAGACCUUCAUUUGGAUGACGUGGCGGACUGGGAGCCCCAGGAUCGCAACAGCUUGGCCCUUCGCCUGCACUACCUGGCACGGGCCAAGCCCAUGGAGGACGAGCGCACCAUCAAGGCGCAGCAUGUGGCCCCAGGAACUUGGUACUACAAGGUCCCACAGAACGCAGAAAACAAAGACUGGCUGAAGCUGCGUGCCAAGGCUCGGGAGAUGGUAUAUGGCAUGGAAGAUGACGAUCCCUUCAUGAACAAUGUGCCUCUCCGGACCAGUCGCGGCAAGGCAGGUGGCCUGAACUUCUCGGAGAACUACUUGUGCCUCUAUGCGGACAAGACAGAAAACAUGUACGGCGAUGAAAGAGACAACUUUCCAUGUCUGUAUAGCAUUUGCGAUGCCCGGCACCAGUUCCAAACGGAUUUCUUCCACAGCACUAUCCCAUACUUCUUUGAUGAUGACAUGGAGCUCAAUCCGUACGUUGGCUUCACUCAGUGCCCUCAGUUCUUCCACGAGAUGCAGGACAAACUCGACUACCUGGACAACAACAAUGCACAGUUCUUUCGACUGAACUGCAUGAUCCGGAAUUGCUGCGGUGGUGUCAGCUCUUGUGGAACGAACGGCACAUGGAUGAUCAAGCAUCCGCAGGGUGACCUGGUUUGGGAGAAAGAGCGUCGGAGGGUGCGGGACGUCGAGAGCAAGCGCAAGAGCCAGGAGUACGUCGAGCGCCGCACCUUCCACGAGAGCUGCAAGGUCGAAGACACGGCAAGUAGUUUACAGCAAGUGCUGCGAGGCCGCCGGUCCCAGUUCAUCAACCGCCGGUUGUCCUAUGGCAUGGCGAAGAACCCCAUCGACUACUUGGCGGCCGUGCAGCGAUGGGCCGAGGGAGGAGUGGUCCUGUCGCUGCAGACGUUCUUCAGCUGCCACAAGGGUGUCUACAUGGUGUGGUUCACGCUGAUUUUCUUCUUCUGCUUCCUUGCUUCGCUGUUCCGCCUCGUCAGCAAGACAGACACCACGUGGGAGAUCGUCAAGUGGGGCUUGGUGGAUGAAGCCUGGUACCAGCAGACCAUGCAGCCGGUUGUGUCUUGGCUGAGGAGCUGCGAACUCAUUGCUCGCAGUGCCUACUUCAAUGAGCACCCAGAGCUUUUUGAGACGUAUCUGACCAUGACGCUUCAGUUCAUCGUUUGGGUGGUCAGCCUGGUCUUGUUCAUGUUCCUGGUCUUUGUGCUGACGGAAAUGUUAAAAUUCAUCCAGCGAGUGUGCGGGCUGAAGCUGCCAAUCAUGUGGCCAGACGAGAUGAGGUGGUGGGGGCGGUUGCUGAUUUCGAUGGACAACCUCACAUACUUCAUUUGGUUCUGGUGCGCCUUCUUCUGGAUUGGGUUCAACUACUACAGCAUCUUUGCGAAGCGGAAUUAUCACUUCUCCUCCACCGGCAUGUUCUCAUUUAUGCUUACAGUGCAAAUUCUGAGCUGGGGCAUGGUCAUUGCCUCGGCCAUGCGCUACACUCUCUCAACCAGUAUGGAAGCCAACGAGGUGAUCGGCUUAUCCAUGGACAACAUCUGGCGCUCAACACAGCUUUUCUAUAUGUCAGCACCUUUGCUCUUGUACUCCAUCAUCAAGGGAACGCAGGACUACAUGAGGUACCAGCUCUACGGGGAAGACAUCAGUUUCUGGCUAGGCGGAGAUCGCGGAGUAACAUCGACAAACCUGGUCAAGUAUUGGACACUGCUGUUGAUCCUUGGUGCUGUGAGUGUUUGGAUCUACUAUGCCAUUGAAGGAAGAAAGCAUACUGGAGUUCUGUCGGCUGUCAUCAUCGUCACUCUGAUCGCUUUGGAUGUGCUCCAUCCAUGCACCUAUCUAUGGGUUGGGCGAACUGAGAUGACACCAGAAAAGUCUGCCAAGCUGAAGUGGGGCGAGGCGUUGGUGACCCGUGGCUGGUGGGAGCUGAUGAUAGGCAGGCUGAUCCUGAACGAGACGGUUACGGGAAUCAUGAAGUGGUUGGGCCCAGCUUGGUUUGUAUGCAUGCCUCUUUUGACACUGGUGAUGCCGUACAUUGGCGUUAACCAGGCAUUCAUGAUGAUUGGAGCCUUCAAGCUAGGUGAGGUCGUGGAGUACUACAGUGCAUCUCAGGGUUCGUGGAUCCCCGCCAAGGUCGUAGCCGUGAAUGCAAAGGGGACCUACGAUCUGGACUGCAAGCCUGGUGUACCCCGACAGAAGAUACGAUCCUGUGCGACGGCGAGAGAGAGCAGACUUUCAGCUUCGGGAGUCUUGGAGUUCGAGCCUGGAGAGGUCGUGGAGUAUUUUAGUGCAUCGCAGAGCGACUGGAUAUUGGCAAAAGUCCUGAGCAUCAACCCGAACGGCACCUACAACUUGGAUUGCAAGCCAGACGUACCACCGGAGCGAGUCCGGGCCCAGCGUGACAAUGAGUUGGUCCGAAGCCCGCUACAAAAACUCCAGAAGCCAACUCGUUUGCGACAGGCCAGCACCAUCUUCAAUCUUUGCCAGGCGCAAGCCUUGGAGCCGGUAGAACUCCUGCGAGUGCAGCGGGCCGGCAAUAGGUGGCAGUACGAAGUGUGUAGCGAGGGAGCCCAGGCCCUGGAAGCUUUCGGUGAAAAACGCAUUGCGGUGGUGUCGGUUUGCGGGAUGCGCGGCACCGGAAAGAGCUUCCUUCUGAAUGCCCUCCUAGAUGGGAUGAAGAAUGGCCCCAAGUUCAAGCUUGGGUCCCCGGGCGACGGCACCGCCGGGCUUUGGCUUUGGAGCUACCAGGACCCCGAAGAGGAGCAUGCCCCUGUGAUGGCCUUCCUUGAUUGUGAGGGUUUCGGCAACGACUCCGACCGUGAUGCUCAGAUGAUGUCCUUGUGCGCGUUGCUGUCCUCCGUCCUUGUCCUGAACACGAAGGGUACGCUGAACGACAGCGUGUUCAGCUCGCUUGCGCUGAUUUGCCGUUUUGCUGAGCACAUGGAAGAACGCGGUCAGGAGGUUAGUCGCCCGGCUCUGCUGUGGGUGCUGAGGGACUUCGUGCUAGAGCUGCGUGAUGCUGCUGGUCAUACGAUGAGCUCGGAUGAAUACCUGGAACAAGCUCUGCAUGCUGCAGAUGCACGGGGGGCUGGCAAAGAGGUGCGCCAGAACCUGCUCCAGUUCUUCAAUCACAGGAGUUGUACCACGCUGGUUCAGCCAGCAGGUGCUGAGAAUGACCCACAAAAGCUGAAGGAUAUGCCAUAUCCGUCACUCUGCAGCGAGUUUCGAGCUGGUGUGGAGGCCAUGUUGGCGCAGCUUGUCGCGAUUUGUCACUCGCAUCCCAAGAUGGUGGGUGGGCAGUCGCUUGGCUGCGCCUCCUUCGCGGCUUUGUUGAAGCACUUGGUGGAAGCAAUGAAUGAGUCCAAGCAGCUGAGUGUGAAGGGUGCGUGGGAUGCCGUGCAGCACACCACUUGUGGCGGUCUUGCUGACGAGCUUCGCGGAAUCGCUUCGCAGAAACUGAAGCUCCUGAAGUCUGGACAGGCCUUGCCUGAUGGAACACAGCUGCCGAUGACGGAUGAAGCGCUCCGGGCCUUCUUCCGAACUCAGCGCCAUGAGUUGAAGGGCCGAUGGGAAGAACAAGCGGUCGGAGACGAGGAGGUGCGAAAAGAGUAUUGGCAAGAACUAAAGGAGACGUUGGCCCGCGAGGAGUUGCAGGUGCGGCAGCAGAACGGCCGCCUUGCAGACCAGCAGCUGUCGCAAAGCUUGAAGCUAUGGCAGGACUGGCUUGACAAUUCCGAAGGCACCAUCGAGGAAGGCGAAAAGAUCUCGGCAGAUUUGGGCAAACUCUUGGAGCAUUUGCCUACGACGACCGUGGCUCGAGCAGGGCGUGCAGCCAUCGAGGCUGCUGCCAGAAGAGUCGCCGGAGCUCGCACAGCAGUGGUCGCCACUGUCGAGCAAUCGGCAGAAGCUCAGCGACGAGCGCUUGCCUGGGGAGAGCAGGCAGCAAAACUUGAAGGCAAUGUUCGCGCCGAGCUGGAGGCCACGAAGGCGGCCAUCAAGAAGGCCGCAGAUCGGUGGCGACAGGCGAGCCAAAGCAAGGAAGCGAAGACAGUGGAGUUGCAGGGGAAGGCGGCCGAACACGAGGAUGGCCAGCAGCAGCUGCAGUCAGCUCAAGCGGAGCUUGAAGAGGCACGUGCUCGAGAGACGGAGCUGCAGGUUCUGAACAGAAGCGGCCAGGAGAAGGAGCAAAGCUUGCAGCAAGAGUUGGAGGCUGCUCGGGCCAUGGCUUCGAAGGCAUCGGCCGAACGGCUCGCCAGCCAGCGAUGCAACGAGGCAGCUGCCGAGGCUGCUGGCAGACAGAACCUGCAGCUUCAAGAGGAGCUUCGCGAAGCACAGGUGGAACUCCAGCGAGCAAAGGAGCAGCUUAGAGCAGAACGAGAGGAGCUGAAGCGCGAGCGGGAGUCACACCGAGAGAAGCACCAGGAGAAGAUCCAGGACCUGCACAUGCAGUUGCACGCAGAGAGAAAGGCUCUGACAGAAGCUCAUGAUUCCAACCAUACAGAGCACCAGCAACUGCUGGCCUGUGCGCGACAAGAGCUAGAAGAAGAGCGAAAACAGCACUCGGAGAGUAAGGAAGGAACUAGAGGCCAGCUUCUGGAACAUGUCCGCCACAUCGGUACCCUUGAAGGGAAGGUCGCUGGCUUGAAUACGGAGGCUGACUUUCUCAAGGGGCGCAUAGCCGAGCUUCAGGACACCUUGAAGGAGUCAGAGGCACACAUGCUCAAGCAGUCCCAGGGGAUCUCCUCUUUGCGCAAAGACCUGGAUAAGGCCAAGGCCGAGUCUGGACACGCUCGAGCUGAGGGCGAAGAGAGGGUGUACAAGCUGCGAAGAGACAGCACGCGGAAGCUGCAGGAGCGUUUCCUUGGGGUCUGCACACCGCAACUUCCCUCAGGUCAUUCCUGCUCUGGCCUGCACGGCAACGAAUGCCUGAGCGGCUUUGGAUGCAACCUUGCGCUGGAGACGCCACGGUGCAUUCGGGAGUACAGCCUGGCGACGGGCUCCCGAAGCAGCUCCGGACAUCUCUGCAUGACGAAUUACGUGGACCUCCGUAGACAGGAGUGCGCUGAGCUUCCCGAGAUUGAGCUAGAAGAUGGAAAACCUCGCGUGAGCGGACGCGGUUGCCGAACAGACGCCGACUGUCCACGCUCUGACACCUCUUUCGGUGCUUGUGUCUGCAAGCAGUGGUGGGAAGGUUCUGAUCCGCCCGGCUACUGCGAGCUUUCCGUGUCACAGCCGUGGCGGCCUGCUUUCAAGAGAUUCUGGGAGGAAUCUGCAGCUUAUUGCCAUCACAACUGGUCGGAAGACCGCUGUGCAGCCGAGUUGAAGAUGGAAGAAGUCCUGGCGGAGGUCCGUGCAGACGCGGCAGCCAUCUCUGCCGAUCCUACUGAGGUGAAGAGCUGUGCACGGGAGUUGCUCGCUACCUGGGUGCCCACCGGACAUGCUCGCGCUCAAGUUGCUCCAGGUGUUGCCACCGCCAUGGGCCGCUUGAAGACAUGA